CUACGAGGAGCCGGUGGAAAGGAAGAACUACUUAUGGUCUAUUUUGGAGAAAGUCUGCUUGGCAUCGCAUCUGAGUGGUACAUGGACCAGGAUAUAUCCCGCUGAUAGGAACUCAUUGACAAACUUGAAAGAGAAAUCCUCAGAAAGCUUCCGAGAGUACACAGUUAAAUGGCGUGAUCAGGCAUCCAGGGUAAAACCUCCGAUGGAUGAGGUUGAAAUGGUCACAGUUUUCCUUCAAGCCCAAGAAGCUGACUACUUCCAAAAUAUGAUGUCCGCAAUGGGUAAACUGUUCGCUGAAGCUAUCAAGAUUGGCGAAAUGGUUGUAAAUGGGCUGAAAAAGGGUCGAAUUCUAAGUCAAUCCGCUAUCAGAGCUACCUCUCAAGCCAUUCAGGAAAGGACCCCGCAGCACUAUUACCCUCACCAAGACUUGGACUAUACUCCUCAGCCAUACUCGGUCAUGAAUGCUCAGCCUUAUGUCCGGCCACAAAAACAAGCCAACAGAAAUCAAGCUCCAUUUCCUAGAAACCAACCUCCUUACCAAACCCACUACAACCCCCGUCCUCCACAAAAUAAUUUCCACCCUCAUGAACCGCCCAAGAGGCCAAAUUUCACACCAAUUGGCGAAACCUACUCCAGUCUGUUACCAAAGCUUGUUCAAAUGGGUCUACUACAGCCUGUUCCUCAAACUAGGCAAAACCCAGCAUCACCCGCUUACAGAGCUGGUACCCGAUGUGCCUAUCACUCAGGGGCAAAAGUGCACGACACGGAUGAUUGCUGGACUCUGAAGAGAGCCGUGGAGAACUUGAUAGAACAAAGGAAGAUAGUGCUGAGAGAUGAAGAUGUUCCCAAUAAACCAAAAGCUGCCCCGAAGAAAGAUAAAGGGGAGAAAAAGAAAGAAACCACCCCUCCAAAGUCAGAGAAGAAAAUUAAAGUUGAGAUCGGGGCAACGCCUCCCAAAGAUGUUGUUCUCUACGUCCCUCAAGGCCGUAAAGAAAAGCAGAUGACAUUGAGUCCUCCCAGGAGAUUCGAGCUGAACAAAACAACCCAGAUGUAUGUGCCCAAGGGGGCUUAUGUGAUGCGGGGGCCAAUUAAGCCAUCGAGGCUGAAUGAGCCCGUGGUUAUUGGACACGCGCCACAGAAGCCCAUGAAAGAUCCCACUGUUGUGCCCUGGAACUACAACAAAACGAUGGUGACCUAUAAGGGCAAAGAAAUCCCAGGAGAAGUUCAUGAAAAUAACCCUGUUGAAAAGUAUUCCAAUUUGGAAGAGGUGAACAACUCUACUAGAAAGCGCUUCCCACUUAAGAAGCCCGUGAGUGCCGAAGAAGCGGAGGCUUUCUUUCAAAACAUGAAAAUGGCAGAUUAUGAGGUGAUUGACCAGCUUCAAAAAUUUCCCGAACAAGUCUCCUUGUUGGCUUUGUUGCUGAACUCCGCCGAAUAUCAGAAGGUAUUGAUCAAGACCCUUAACGAAGCAUAUGUGCCUGUUGACACUUCUGUAGAGCAGUUGGAGAGAAUGGCAGAAAGAUUUUUCGCAAUCAACCAGAUCACUUUCAGCAAAAAUGAUUUGCCCUCAGAAGGGGCCGCACAUAACAAAGCCCUGCACCUAACAGUCAAAUGCAAAGGGCACUACGUGAAAAGGGUUAUGUUGGACGGAGGCUCUGGAGUAGACAUUUGCCCACUUUCAACUCUACAGCGCAUGGAAAUCGGGACCGAAAUAAUCCGACCCAACAAUGUCUGCUACAAAGAAGAAAACCCUUGCCCCCAACCCUUCCUUUCUAAUGCAUCAAUCAUGGUGGCCAAAGAAAUGAUCCGACAUGGCUUCAAACUGGGGAAGGGACUUGGGAAAUCAUUGCAAGGGAUAGUUGAACUUAUCACCCUGCCCACCAGUGAAAAGUUCUUCGGGGUAGGCUUCCGACCCACUCCAACUGAUAUAAGAUGGGUAGAUGAUAGAAAGAAUGAUGGUUGGGUCUUGCCUCAGCCGNCAGCUCUAAUAAUGUAG